UAAAUAAAUGGAUUAUUUAUAUUUAGAAAUUCUUACAAAUAAUUUAUCAAAUGACGAAGUAGAAGUCUUUACUACCAUACCAUCGUUUAUAGCCCUCUAUGUCUACCGUUAUUUAGAAAGUCCGCCAAAUGUUAAAAUAAAAUUCGUGCCUUCAAAUUUAAGCUGUGAAAUGCAACUUAAUUUUACGCAUUAUUUGCACAGUCAACCGCAAAAAAUAAUGUGCGAAGAUUCUUACACGUACCAAGCCAUACAAGACCUGCGCUUACCUGUUUAUUAUAAGAAUGGAGAUAUUUUUGUAGCGGGUUUAUGUGCCGUAUGUCGAGAGCUGGUUGCCCGGCAAAAAAAUGUACAAGUCCGCAAACUUUUAGGUUUUAAGGAAGGCUGUUUGAUGUCACCUUCUGAAACUUCGGUGUGGACAAGAUUCUGCGAGGUUGAUAUAGUGAAAGCCUUAAAACAGUUAUUACUUUGUAACAGUCUAAAACAAAGCAUAAAAGAAAUUCCUGUUGAAGCGGUACGAUUUGAGAAGCACAUGAAUGAACCUGUGCGAAUGCAUAAUAUAUAUAAACUGGCCAGGGAGCGAGCCAACCAAACAAAAAGCCAAUUAAACAAUGAUAUUAAAAAGACAAGGAUAACGAUAGAUUGUAAAAUACCUAAAGAGGAAUUGCAGAUAGAGCACAAGUUUGCUGAAGGUGUAUUGUUCACAAUAGCCGAUUUAAUAUUAUAUCCUUGUCUGCGUUUAAUAUUUCACUUUAGCCGGAAUAUGCUGUCAAAUUUUCCUUUGACUUGUUCAUGGUUUGAGGAGGUUGACAAACAUGAACCUAGAUGUAAAGCCAUUUUAGAUGAGCUUUGUUUAUAUCCAAGUGUUCAUAGCGUUAAAGAAGACCUAGUUUCAAUCUUGUCGAUACCUAACUGUGAGUCUAAAAGUUUAUAUAAAAGUGAUCCUAAACGUUAUAGGCCUCGCAAACGCGUUUUUACCGCGCAAAGGGAUGUGGACGCAACACUGAAUAAAUUGCAAACUCUACGAUUGAAUUACAAUAGUGAUUAUUCUAAAACUUUUGACCAGAAGAGUAUAGAUUGGCAAAGGAUAGAGCCUUCCCAUGCCAAAAGUUGUGCUUUACCAGAAGAAAGAUUAGAAAGGAAGCGACAACAAUUAGAGAAUUUGGCAAAUGCUGCUAUUUCUUUGGCUGAGCCAGGAAACCGAAUUAUCGAUUUUUGUAGCGGUACUGGUCAUUUAGGAAUACUAUUGGCUUUGCAUUUACCGCAAUGUACAAUAAUACUUAUGGAAAAUAAACCGGAAUCUCUGCAGAGAGCAAAACUGCGAGCUCUAGAACUGAAAUUGUCUAAUAUAAAGUUCUACCAGUGCAAUAUAGAUUAUUUUAAGGGUAAGUUUAAUAUAGGUACAUCCUUGCAUGCUUGUGGCACAGCCACAGACAUAGUUCUGCAACAAUGCCGGCAAGCUAAAGCGAACUUUGUGUGCUGUCCGUGCUGUUAUGGUUCCUUACAAUCGAUGCCGCAUAUUACAUAUCCAUUGAGUAAGCAAUUUCGCCAGGUUUUAUCGGAGAAAGAUUUUAUGUAUGUAGCACAUACUGCCGAUCAAGCACAUGAACUUGGAACUUUAAACUGUAAACCUGAGAUAACAAAACAAGGGCAACUUUGUAUGGAUAUCGUGGAUACUGAUCGCAAAUUGCAAGCCGAAGACGCAGGUUAUGAAGUAAUUUUAACGCGUUUAAAGCCGGAAGAUUGUACUCCAAAAAAUAGAUUACUGGUGGGUUUUCUAAAGAAGGAAAGUUGAUAUAUUUCCACAAUUUUUU